AUGGAAAACAACGAAAACCCAUUUAACAUAGACCCAAAGCAACAGAAAAAGUAUGAGGCAAGAAAGAGAGCUGAGGAAAUCAAAGAACUUGAGGCAAAGUACCAAGAUGACCUAUCCUCAUACACGGAGACAGAGGAAGAGAUGGAGUAUGUAGAAAGCGAAGAAGAGAACAUUGCAAUCCAGGAGGUUAUAGAGAAAAUAAAAAGAAAGGAUCCAGAAAUAUACGAUGGGGAGAAAAAUCUGUUUGAGGAGCUAAAGCAGAGCCACAAAGGAGCUGAGUCUGGUGCGCAAACAAAAACAUCUAGAGAAGCCUCGUACAGACUCAAGGACUACUACAGAGAGCAGACGCUGGACAAAAUGCAGAAAGAAAAAGAGGGCAGUGAUGAAGAGCAGCAGUCAAACCCAGAGGAAGCGACAGACUCAGAGGACCACCAAGAGGAAAGCACAGAGAAGGACAGAAGGCACGAGAGAAUAAAGAGAAAGGCAGAGUACAGUGAAGAGCAGAAGAAAAACAUAAAAGACUUUAUAUCCGCAUUAAACAAAGUAGACACAACCGACGAUCUUUUCCAGAAAAAGAAGGAGGAGGAAGUAGAGGAGGAGAACCAAGACGAAUUCCUGACAGACUACAUUCUAAAAGGAGGCUGGCAGAAAGAGGAGGAAGCCAAAGAUGAUGGGGAUAUAAAAUUCCUGGAGGAGGACAGCGAGGAAAUUGAGCUAAUUGAAGAGUUUGAUAAAGAAACAAUGCCAACUGCACAGGGGAAGUUCGCCACUGUCAAAAAAGCAUCACAGAAAAGGAAGAGAAAGGAGCUCAAAAAGAAGCUUCGAAACCGAGAGGAGGAGAAAACAAAGCAGGAGGAGAUAAAGAGGCUGAAGAAUCUGAAAAAGCAGCAGUUUGCAGAUCGGCUGGCAAUUCUAAGAAGCGUGUCUGGGCUGAGCAAAAGGCAGGCAUCAAAAAUAAAACUUGAGGAGGUCUAUAAUAAAAAGGAGUUUGACAAAACAAUGGAAAGCCUUUUUGGAGAGGAGUACUUCAAGAAAAAGGAAGAGGAGCGGCCUAAGAUCAAGGGAUACGAGGCAGAAGCGCAGGAGCUGAAACAGCUGGAGGAUUUGGCAGAGAAAGCAGAAAUGCAGCAGGACAGAACAUCAAUGAGCGAAAUUAAGAAGAUUCUCUCUGAGAUAAAGGAGAUAGGAAAGGAGUAUGCAUCUCUUAAAAAGCAAGGCGACUUUGAGUAUGUAGAAAUGCCAACGGUAAAUAUAGGGCUGACAACACGGGAGAUUCUUCUGGCAGACGACAAGUUCCUUAAAAGAAACUAUUCUAUAAAGAACUAUGCGCCCUUUAAAGACAAAUAUGAAAGAAGGUAG